AUGGACCCCAGCUCUCACAAACGCUAUCAUCUACAUGAAUGGGAACCAACAGACAAGUUUAAUGCAUAUUAUUCUGGAACAAGUGAAAAAUAUAUCACUGAAGAGACUGUGAGGUUUCCAAUGGAACAGCUUUAUAAAGUGUCAGGACAAGGUAUGCUAUGUUACAUAUAUUAAUACAUUUAAAAAAAAAAAUACACAUUCUCAUUGGUAAUAUAUAUAUAUAUAUAUAUAUAUAUAUAUAUAUAUAUAUAUAUAUAUAUAUAUAUAUAUAUAUAUAUAUAUAUAUAUAUAUAUGUAUAUGUAUAUGUAAAAAAAACAGAUAAAAUUCUUAUCUUGUAAUACCUUUUUUUUAUUGGACUAACAGAAUUUUUUAAUGACAAGCUUUCGGGAGAACCUCCCUUUCUCAAGUCUGAAGCAUUUCUGAGCAAAACGACACAUAGAAUUCAAAGUUGAGUUGUGAUACAGGGGUUAAAGCGACAUGAGUGUAGAUAAGACACAGGUUUGUUAGAAAAUAGACACCAUUUUUGCAGAGGGUCAUAAAUAUCUUUCUGAAGAGCAGAGUGAGGGGGGAGAGAGGGAGAAGAAAAAAAAGCAGACAGUGCAGAGGAUGGUACACUUUAUACAUGCACACGCACAUAAAUAUGUAUAUGUGAACGCAUAAACACAUGUACAUAUACAUAUACAUAAACACAUAUACAUACAUGCACAUGAACUCAUACACACAAAUAUAAAUGCACAGUAAUAUAUAUAUAAGCAUACAUGCAUACGAGUAUGGGAAAGCAUAGGUCCUACACAUAGUACUUUGUAUAUAGAUAGAAUAAACAUAUAGGAAUGUAUUUUAAAGUGUUGGUACAUAUGACAGAAUAGUAAGAUAAUGCUGGGAGAGUGUUCAUGUAAAGUGUUGGUAGUGGGACAGGAAUCCCAAAUCAAUAUUUAGUCCUCUAUUCUUGCUGUUAAACCAUUUAAUCAUUCUGGCUUCAAAGGCUUUUCUUUCCUGGGUAUUUUUAAAACCCCCUUUCAGUACUUUGAUUUUUAGGUCCUUCAGUGAGUGGCCAGGUUGGGUAAAGUGGCACAAAGUACUGAAAGGGGGUUUUAAAAAUACCCAGGAAAGAAAAGCCUUUGAAGCCAGAAUGAUUAAAUGGUUUAACAGCAAGAAGAGAGGACUAAAUAUUGAUUUGGGAUUCCUGUCCCACUACCAACACUUUACAUGAACACUCUCCCAACAUUAUCUUACUGUUCUGUCAUAUGUACCAACACUUUAAAAUGCAUUCCUAUAUGUUUAUUCUAUCUAUAUACAAAGUACUAUGUGUAGACCUAUGCUUUCCCAUACUCGUAUGCAUGAAUGCUUAUAUAUAUUACUGUGCAUUUAUAUUUGUGUAUAUGAGUCCAUGUGCAUGUAUGCAUAUGUGUUUAUGCGUUCACAUAUACAUAUUUCUGUGUGUGUGCAUGUAUAAAGUGUAUCAUCCUGUGCACUGUCUGCUUGUUUGUUUUUCUUUCUCCUCUCUCCCCCCUACUCUUCUCUUCAACAAGAUAUUUAUGACCCUCUGCUAAGAUGGUGUCUAUUUUCUAACAAACCUGUGUCUUAUCUACACUCAUGUCGCUUUAACCCCUGUAUCACAACUCAACUUUGAAUUCUAUGUGUCGUUUUGCUCAGAAAUGCUUCAGACUUGAGAAAGGGAGGUUCUCCCGAAAGCUUGUCAUUAAAAAAUUCUGUUAGUCCAAUAAAAAAGGUAUUACAAGAUAAGAAUUUUAUCUGUUUUUUACAUCUACAUCACUGGACUAAUACGGCUACAAUCUCUACUUGAACACUAUAUAUAUAUAUAUAUAUAUAUAUAUAUAUAUAUAUAUAUAUAUAUAUAUAUAUAUAUAUAUUACCAAUGAGAAUGUGUAGUUUUUUUUUAUAUAUAUAUUUUAAAAAAAAUAUUGCAGUGCAUAGACUAACAUACAGGCAUUUCAGGACAUCAUAGUAAAACAAUGCGUUAAAAAGAAAAGAGUAGCUUAGUACACCACAGGUAAUACAUGUUUUGUGUAAUAGUAUAAGCACUAUGCACAGCCAGUCAGCAAGUAGCAGGGCGAAAAUUAACGUAAUGAGCAUCAACAGGUCUGUGGUAGCAAUCAUACGAGUAAAUAAGGGAUAAAAACCUCCAGCUUGUCUAUAAGUGUUAGCUUCCAGGAUGCCCCCCAAUCAGGUUAUGUGUGAAACAAGUGUGUAGUUGUAGAUUAUAAACAACGUAAAGCUUUUUUUUGGCUUUGUUUAUUUUUUUUAUCUUGGUUAUUUUUCUACGCAGGUCAAAUUCAAGGAGACUAUUUGAUUGAUAUUUCUGCUGGCUGUAACAUUCACCAUCUAUUGCCUAUUUUUGAGUUUUUCAGAGACAUCACUAUUUUAGAAUCUAGUGAUCUCUGUGUGAAGGAACUAGUGAAAUGGAAGCAUAAGGAGUCUAAAAACUAUGACUGGACUCAUGCCUUAUCGAUUAUGGCAGAAUUGCAAGGUUCAAGGUAA